AUGUUUGCCAGCCCCGUGACUUCUACUCCAUUUUCUGUCAAAGACAUUUUGAACUUGGAGCAGCAUCAGAGUGGCCUGUCUGCCAUGGACAUCUCCCCCAGGCUGGAUACCUCUUCCUGCAUGCUCUCAAGCUUCAAGCAGGAGUCCUACCCGGGGACCCCCUGCCUCUCGGAGCUCAGUGAGGACCUGGCUCAGAGAGAUACGUCCAAGGGAUCCUCUCCCUUCCCUGGGUCCUUCUUUGUCAAAAACUAUAUGGAAAUGGACUCAUCCAAAGAGCACAAAGAAGACAAAAAAGAACUCUGCUCCUUGCAGAAGAAUCUUGAAAGUGACAAGAGAGACUUGGAAGACCCCAAUAGACCAAGGCAAAGAAAGAGGAGGAAGCCCAGGGUGCUCUUCUCACAAGCCCAGGUCUAUGAACUGGAGAGAAGAUUCAAGCAGCAGAAGUACCUGUCAGCCCCUGAGAGAGACCAUUUAGCCAAUGUUUUGAAGCUCACUUCCACACAGGUGAAAAUCUGGUUCCAGAACAGAAGAUACAAGUGCAAAAGACAAAGGCAAGAUCAGACUCUGGAAAUGGUGGGUAUUCCACCUCCUAGGAGGAUAGCUGUCCCAGUGUUGGUGAGAGAUGGAAAACCUUGCCUGGGAGAGUCCUCUCCCUAUAACUCACCAUACAACGUCAGCAUUAACCCUUACAGUUACAACACUUACCCUUCCUAUUCCAACUACAGUAAUCCGGCCUGCAGUGGCAGCUACAACUGCAGUUAUUCGUCCAUGCCGAGCAUGCAGCCCACAUCCGCUGGUAAUAACUUCAUGAAUUUUAGUGUGGGGGACUUGAAUACAGUGCAGACACCCAUCCAGCAGGCAAGCGGUGUGUCGGCACUUCAUGGCAUCCGAGCCUGGUAGAACUUGACUAAGAGCAUUUGCCACAGCACUAGACAGAACACAAUGGUGGACUACGUAGACUGGAACACUUGCAGAUAUUGAUGGAAGAAAAUCAAGUUCUGCACCCAUGAAAUAAUAGACGUGAUUUUAGGCCUUUGGCGUGAGACUUAAAAUUAUUAUUAUUUUUUUUAGUUGUUGUUUUGUUUUUUUAAAUUGAGAUGCAGGACAGGAGCAGCAUACAGUAACCCAUCUUAUCAAUGGGCGUAUAGUGUUCAGUUGUUAGCAUCACCAAGCUAUUUACAGAGUAUCCAAGUGUGUCUUUGGUUGAUUUAACUCCAUUAUCACAGGAGGCUUAACAAAUUUGUGCAUUCUCCUGCAGACAAAGAGUUACAAUGAAA